CUCAUUGACUUACCCUCACCCUGCUCAACACACCAUGCAGAGCAGUAGACAUCCACCUCACGCCUCAUAACCACAUCGACAUCUCGACGGCGCGGAAAUGUCAAAUGGCGAGAAACCGCGCUCGUCGUCAUACUUCCACUUCUUCGCGGGCCUGAGCUCGGGCAUGCUCUCGGCCGUCCUCCUCCAGCCCGCCGACCUCCUCAAGACGCGUGUGCAGCAAUCGCACCAGAACACGCUUCUCGCGACAAUCAAGAGCAUUGCUAGUGGCCCAAACCCCGUACGCACAUUCUGGAGAGGAACAUUGCCCAGUACGCUUAGGACGGGAUGCGGUUCAGCGUUGUAUUUUUCCGGAUUGAAUGCAUUGAGGCAGAGGGUCGCUAGGGCAAGUCUGGUCGCGCGUGCAAGAGCAGGAGGGGCAGGAGGGGUAGAUGGAGGAAGUCAAAGCAGCCAUUCAAGUACCCUCCCCAGACUCUCCAACACUGCAAACCUAGCCACUGGCGCCGUAGCACGUACAUGGGCGGGCUUCCUCAUGAUGCCCAUCACAGUGAUAAAAGUACGCUACGAGUCCAAUCUCUACGCCUACACCUCGCUAUAUGGCGCCUCCAAGAAUAUUUUCAUGCGCGAAGGCCUGCGCGGAUUUUUUGCUGGCUUCGGUGCUACGGCUGUACGAGACGCCCCAUACGCCGGGUUAUACGUGCUUUUCUACGAGCAGUCCAAAAAACGGCUUUCGAAGCUCGCUACUAGGAUCGAAGAAUCCUCGCCCAACAUCUCCACUGGCCCUACCACAAAUGCAAAUGUCAAACUCAGCUCCAGCACCGCCGCCGGCAUAAACUUCUUAUCCGGGCUCGUAGCCGCCGGCCUCGGGACCACCAUCACGAACCCCUUCGAUGCCAUCAAAACCCGUCUCCAGCUCAUGCCGGGCAAAUACGGGAAUAUGGUGCAAGCGGCGAAGAUGAUGUUGAGGGAUGAGGGGUUUGCAAGUCUUUUUGACGGCCUGGGGAUUAGAAUUGCUAGGAAAGCUAUGAGUUCGGCGUUGGCAUGGACGGUGUACGAGGAGUUGGUUAGGAGGGCGGAGGGGAGGUGGAGAGAUGCGCUUGAAAAGGAAGAGGAAAAAUGCUGACGAGGGCUGAGCUGGGGCGGUUCUGCUGAGUAUGUAAAAUGGGAAGGCAAGGCGUUCGCAGCUUGGGGCUUUGGCUUUGGUUUUGGCGUUCUAGGUUUGUAUUUGGGUCGGCGAGAUGUCUUCGAGGCUUUCCUCUCUUCUCAUUAUUUGUGCGGCAUUCGGCGUGUAAUUGAAGGCUAUGGCUUUCUUUCUUUCGACUCAAUACUUUUCGGUUUAGAUUGGCAGGCAGGCGUGUGGAGAUGGCGUUUCUGUGUGCUCGAGUACAUGGACGGGUCAUAUCUGCUCUGCUAGCAUUGAGCCUCACGAUCAUUCCUCUUGUUUAGUACCGUCGACUUGGAUAACUCCGCCCGUAUUGAGUUCAUGUUUCUACAGCAAGCGGG